GACUUUUUUGGGGUUCGUUUAGCAUUGAAGCAGGAGGGGAACCGGCCCAUCUAAUCUCCAGGGAAAGCCAGGCUGCCACUCAGGAGCAAACCCAAGCAAUGUCACUGGCUGGGGUAAGCUGUCUGGUGACAGGUGCUGGAGGGUUUCUGGGCCAGAGGAUUGUCUGUUUGCUCUUGGAGGAAGAGGAGGCCCUGGCUGAGCUCCGACUGCUGGACAAAGCCUUUAGCAAUGAAGCACUCAGGAGAUUUGGAAAGUUCCAAGGCAAGACUGAAGUUAAAAUCCUGGAAGGGGACAUCCGAGAUGUGACAUUCCUGCACCGUGCCUGUCAGGGGGUCUCCCUUGUCAUCCACACAGCUUCCAUCAUUGACACUUUGGGCCUUGUGGAGAAGCAGCUGCUCUGGGAAGUCAAUGUAACAGGCACUCAGCUACUGCUGGAGGCAUGUGUCCGCUGUAACGUCCAGCACUUCAUAUAUACCAGCACCAUAGAAGUGACAGGCCCAAACUGCAGAGGUGACCCCAUUUUCAAUGGUGAUGAAGAUAUGGCUUAUGAGAGCGUAUCGAAAUUUCCGUAUGCCCAGAGUAAGAGACUGGCAGAAGACUCUGUGCUGAAAGCAGAUGGCCAGGUGUUAAAGGAUGGUGGCAUGCUGAUGACCUGUGCCCUGAGAUCCAUGUACAUUUUUGGAGAAGGAUGCCCAUUUCUCCAAGGUCACCUGGAUAAGUGUCUGAUGAACAAAAACGUCUACCUGCGCUUCUCCAGGAAGGAGGCUUUGGUAAACCCUGUGUAUGUGGGGAACAUUGCCUGGGCACAUGUGCAAGCAGCUAAAGCCCUGCAGGUCCCACAGAAAGCCAAGCACAUCAGGGGGCAGUUCUACUACAUCUCAGAUGACACCCCUCAUAUGAGCUACGCUGAUCUGAAUUAUGAGCUGACCAGGGACCUGGGGUUUGGAAUCGAGCCCCGGCUCCCCAUGCCUCUGACAAUGCUGUAUUACUUCUCGCUGCUGCUGGAGGUUGUGAGCUUCUUGCUCAAGCCCUUUGUCCGAUACAUCCCCUCCACCAACCGCCACCUGGUCACUCUGCUGAAUACCCCAUUCACCUUCUCUUACAGAAAAGCACAGAGGGAUUUUGGCUACGUGCCCCGCUACACGUGGGAAGAGGCCAAGCGCUGCACCGGGCAGUGGAUGGCAUCCUUGGUCCCACAGAGAAGGGAGUACUUUCAAAGCAAGGCUGCCUAAGUCUGAAGAGAAGCCGAGACCUGGCUGAACAAGUAGGGCCUUGAGCCAGGAGAGAGCUGGGUGAACACCAGCAGCAGGUAUCUACAAAGCACUUAAAUGAAGAUUUUGUGUAACAGUCCCCUCACCCCUCACCGCUUCAACACAGAAUGAUUAAAAGUGAAAUGGUC